CCUCGUGCCCCCCAAAUUUCUUCCAGCCCCACAACUUUCACAGAUAGGAACCCAGAAACGGGAGUAGUCACCUCUAAACCCUCUCUGUAUUCAAAAUCAUGGCUCAUCAUCUACCUCAACACAGCACAGGAACAGGCCCUUCGGCCCUCCAAGCCUGCACCAACACAUUUUGCCCUUUUAUGUUAAAACCGUCUUCACUUACAGGAUCCGUAUCCCUCCACAGAGGCAGUAUCACCUGGCACUCGGCACUCCCCUCAAGGUGUCAGGAGUCCAGACGCUUGCGGAAAACUUGACCCUCAAGAUGUCGAGAUCAGUAAGCUCUAUAACGGACUGAUGGUCGCUGCCCUGGAGAAUUACAGCCCAGUGGCCAAAGUGGGCAUUUUUCUGAAGGCCGGGAGUCGAUACGAAGUCGCUGGCAACUUGGGCAUCACUCAUUGCCUCAGGGUGGCAUCCAACAUGACCUCCAAGAGAGCCAGUCCAUUCAAACUGUCCCGUGCGAUUGAAGCUGUUGGGGGAAACUUAUGGGUGACUUCGACGAGGGACGUGAUGCUAUAUACUGUGGGAUGUAUGCGCGACUCUAUCGACAACCUGCUGCAGUACCUCAGCGUGAUAGUCUUAUCACCAGAGUUCAGACCCUGGGAGGUGGCCAGCACCAGAGAUCGCCUGAAAGUAGAGAAAGAGAUAGCAUACCAUCGACCACAGAUAAGUGAGUCAAAGUGA